AUGGGUGUUCAUGGAUUAUGGGAUAUUGUUGGCCCCUCUGCUAGGCCUGUACGCGUUGAAGCGUUAAGAAACAAAAAAUUGGCGGUUGAUGCGUCGAUCUGGAUUUAUCAAUUCUUGAAAGCUGUUAGAGAUAAAGAAGGAAACCAGAUGAAAAACUCUCAUAUAGUAGGGUUUUUGAGAAGAAUAUGCAAGCUAUUAUACUUUGGUAUCAAGCCGGUGUUUGUGUUUGAUGGUGGUGUCCCAACAUUGAAGAAAGAAACUAUACGAAAAAGAAAGGAAAAGAGAGAAGGAAAUAAGGAGAGUAUAGAGCAGACUGCCAAAAGAAUAUUGGCCAAACAACUGCAACUUUUUGCGGAGGGCAAGUUGAAACGUCCCACAACAUCUGCUCCAAAUGUUACAAGAAGAGAAAUACCCACUGAAGAGUUGUAUUACGAUGCCUACUAUGACGAUCAAGUAGGGGAUAGUGACGUUGGACCACCGAAAGAGGCAGAAGUUCCGCAAGAAAAAGAGAGUAGGCUCUUUCGUGGCCAGGAUGAUUAUGACCUACCUAAUCGUGGUCCGAUAAAGGUCGCAGAGGAUGAUAAAAGGGUAAUGACCGGUUACGAGUAUGAUCGACUAACACAAGAUAUAAAUGAUGAUCUGGAUGGACUAGACUUGGAUAACAUUGAUCCACAGUCAAAAGAAUUCGAGAACUUGCCUUUGUCUACCCAAUAUAUAGCCCUCUCACACUUGAGACUUCGCUCCAGGUUGAGGAUGGGCUACACCAAGGAUCAACUACAAUCAUUGUUUUCCGACCCAAUGGAGUUCAGUAAGUUUCAGAUCAAAAUGGUGCAGAAGAGAAAUUUUUUUACGCAGAAAGUGAUGAAUGUAACCGGAAUGGAUGGGGAUUCCAAGCAAGAUGUUGUCUCUAGAAGGAUUGCAAGUGAUAAGAAUCGUGCAUACGAUCUCAGGCGAACAGGUGAUGGGUACGCUCUAAGCAUAUCCAAGGAUGUCGUUGAGGGAGGUAGCUCUAGUCGUCCAAUAUUUCUCGGCGAUGUCAAGGAAUUUGUAGGGGUUGAGCAAGAAAGCCCCAUCGAACUGGAUGCCUCUGAAGAAGAUGUCGAUUGGGAAGAUGUAGAAGUCGUGAACAAAAGUGGUAAGCUUGAAAAGUCGAAAGCGGACUCUGACAUUGAGGUAAAAGAUCCGUUGUUCAUGAAAGACAGCGAUCAAAGUAGUGACGAAAAUGAUGAUAUUAUGAAAAAGAUUAAAUAUCUAUACGAGUACUCGAACACACACAAUAAAGGAAAGGGACCAAAGAAUACUGCUAUUGAAGAUGAUGAGCUAAAGCAAGCAAUUGAAAAAUCUAAACAGGACUAUCUAAACACAUUAAAUGAAGAGAAAAUUGGGUCAGGGGUGAGAGGUACCUUAGAUGAUGAAGCACCUAUCAUUUUGAGUACUUCAGCGCUAGCAAAAACCCUAAAGCUCCCUAAACUCAACAUGAAAGACAAUCUACUUUUUGGAAGACCUCGAGAGAAGCCUAGCAAAGUAGCAGAUUUAGAGAAUAAAAGUAAAAAAAAUGAUGAGAUUAAUCCGAUUAAUGAAAAGAGAAAAGCAUUGCCACUUCCAGAAUGGUUUUCUAAUCAAACAAGCCUUGGGCCAAAACCAACAAUGCAAGUUAGGAAACCAAGUAGGAAUCUUACUGAGGAUGAAAAGGCAGGACUCGUUUCCUAUGGCGAUAUCGAAAACUAUAUUUCAAGUGAAGAUGAGAAUACUGUCAUUGAUUUGAAUGAGUCAUCGCAUGAUGAAAAAUUGAUUGAAGUUGAUGAAGAGGGAUCAGAUAAAAAUCAACAUUUCGUGAUAGACAUCACAGAAUCGCCCAAACAUUUAAAGGACAAUUCCUAUCUUAAAACACCAAACAGCAAUAUUAUAGAAAUUGAAGACAAGAAGGCUGAUGACGGAAUUGUUAUUUCUCAAUCCCUAGUUUCCAAAGACUUUGAAAAUGAAACAGAGCCAGAAAACCAAGCAGAUAAGCCGCAAUUAGAUGACGACUCUGACUUUUCUGAUGAAGAGGAAGUAAACUUACUUUUAGAUAUGGAAGAAGAAAAUCUUGCUUAUGAUAAGUUUUUCAGUAAUAUCGGGGGGAUUAAGGUUGACAGCAAUAAAGAUGAAGGCUUAUGGACAUUCACAGAUGAAGCUAAACUACAGGAAAGGUUGCGGAAACAAAAAAGAGACGCAGAUGAGGUUUCCACAACGAUGAUUUACGAUGUUCAAGAUUUGUUGGCACGUUUUGGAAUCCCAUUCAUAACAGCACCAAUGGAAGCAGAAGCUCAGUGUGCGGAGCUCGAACUGAUAGGAUUGGUUGACGGUAUUAUAACUGAUGAUUCGGAUUGCUUUUUGUUCGGCGGGGACCGAGUCUACAAAAAUUUGUUCAACGAGAAGAAUUUUGUUGAAUGCUAUCAAGAUGCUGACAUUUUGGGAGAAUUAGGUCUUAAUCGAUCUAGUAUGAUUGAGCUUGCUAUCUUAUUAGGAAGUGAUUAUACAGAUGGUCUUAAAGGUAUUGGUAAAGUCACAGCUGUGGAGAUUUUGGCAGAGUUUGGAAACCUAGAGAAUUUCAAACAAUGGUGGGUGGAUUAUCAGAAUGGUAAAAUAGAUGAAACUAAGGACACCCCACUUCGAAAAAAGUUGAGGAAAACGUUAAGCAAAAGCUUGUUUUUGGGCAACGAUUUCCCUAGUAGACUAAUUUAUGAUGCGUAUUUACAUCCAGAGGUCGAUCACGAUAAAACGGAGUUCAAGUGGGGCUAUCCGGACAUUGAUAAACUUCGCACCUUUUUGGCCUUCUACGUUGGCUGGAACAAGGAGAAAGUUGAUGAGAUCAUACUGCCCGUCAUAAAAAGUCUCAAUAAGCCACAGUUGACUAUCGAGGAAUUUUUUCCUGUGGAGGUGAUACAGAGAAGGCGCCAGCUUAAUAUGAGUAAGCGGAUCAAGAGUGCCACAGAUAAGUUGAAGAGGGGAAGAAGUAAACAAACCGAUGAUGAAAACCAAGGUAAAAGGCAGAAA